GUGAAAAAACAAACAGAGAAGUUCAAAAGAUUGUAAGAAAGACUUAUUCAAAGAGAGUUUGUAUCACAGUGCAUUCUUUGACAGGAAUGCUCCAUGUAAUGGCUCAUAGUACUAGCAGAAUGGCUGAAGUUGUUUCUGUACACUCACCAGGACCUUCAACUCAUGCAUCAAUAAGCCCAUUCUCCAGAAGUCUGAAAAUGAUAAGUCAACAACUUACAGUUGAGGAUUUUUCCACCCUCAAACUAAUCUUACAGUCUGAGAACCUGCUGAAAAAACAGACUCUUGAUAAUCUUAAAAAUCCUCAGGAAUUAUUACGAGUCCUUCUCGGUAGACAUUUGGUGUCUCAAGAAAACACAAGUCUCCUGGAAUCCCAUUUGAAAGAAAUAGGUCGAAUUGACCUAGCUAAGUUGCUGCCCAGUAUUGAAUUGUGUCAAGAUGGUGAUGAAUGUCUCCCAGAUGAAAAUUCGAAUUCACAGAAUUCUCAGAUGAGUAUAGAUGAAGAUGACGAUGAGAUCAUGUCCAGUCAAAGCAGCAUUUCUGACGAAGAAAAAUUAAUGCUUAAGAAAGUAUCUGAGUGAAGAACAAGUCAUGCCCUUACUUACCCAUGCUUCAGUGAAUCUGUGAAUGCUCAACAUAUAAAUCAUUAUCUGGAACAUUUUUUUUGGUUUCAUUAGUAUUUUUGUUUUCAUUUGCAGAGUGAACAAGGUUAAGGAAUGCUAGGAUUUUUUUAUUUGUGUGUGCUGAAAUGAAUGUCUUUGAUACAAUUUUGAUGUGUUUUAAAUAUAUUAUACUUUUCACUUUUUACGUAUUUCAGUGUCUUUGCCAUAAAUACUAAUCCAACUUCAAACAGAAUUUGCACAAAGCACACUUAAGUGACGAAGAAGCUAUAAAUUUCUAUUUUGCACUUUGAAAGAUGAUAAUUCAGAAUUUGGAAUAUUGUUCUUUUUUAAAACUACCCAUCUAGAAAUGACUGUAGAUGAAAGCUUUCCUAAGAGAUAUGUGAUGUAGAUUCAAUUUACCCUGACCCUUGGGAUUAGAACUGGACCAUAAUAGUGGGUAUAUCCUUUUCUAGAGAACAAGACUUUUACAGAUUUUUCUACUGGUUUAUGUGGAUUGGAUUCAAAAUAGUUGAAGCUACAUGGCCUUCUAAGAGAAAAUUUGACCUUGUGAGUUGUGAGCUGUAAUACUGGACACUCUUCAAAUUUAUCAUGUGUACAUUUAGGUUUGCUUAAGUUUGAGACAAUUUGAACUGCAGAAUAAUACCACAGUGGCCUUUAAAAAAGGAAGAAAAAAAAGAAAGGAGAUAAGUAAAUAAAAUUCUUCCAGAAGAGCAGUGUGUCUCUGGUGAGCAUUGCAUUACAUUUUCUGAAGUUAUUAUCAUUCAUUGUUUAAUAAUCAUUAAAAAAAAAUCACAAUGUUUGAAGGGGUUUUUUUUCUGUCAUUUUAGAAGUUAAAUUUUUUUUUUUCAAAACUACAAGUUAUUUAUUUACAAGCUCGGUUGAAUAGUAGGACUACUAUAUUCUAGUUACCUGUUACUUCUGAACAAAUGUAAAAACAAGAAUUAUUUUGAAUUAUUUUUAUUUUUUAUUCAUCAUGUUCACAUAUUUUAAUUAAAAAAUGCAGGGUUUUGAUUGAAAUAGACAUGAUAGAGUGCUUUAAUAUAUCAUUUUGGUCAGUAUAUAAGUGCAUGUACAAUCUUUUUUUGAUACAAGUUUAAUGUAAUAGCAUUUCAGUUCCUCAGAAUUACCAUAAUGAUGGCAUAAUUAUUACUCAUGUAAUCAAGUGUUCAAAUAUUUUUUCAUGUUUUCUCUGUUUAGUUUAGUCUUUUUUCAUAUGCUAAUUACAUCCAUUAAAUAGAAUCAUGAAGAUGAAACUGAAAAUUUUAGAAGCUUUAUACACAUGUUAUAUUUUCAUACUAUUUGCUAAUUUACAAGCCCCAUUUUUAAGCAUGCACAUUUUAAUGCUUUAUAUUCACUGCCAAUAUUUUGUGUUCAAAAAAUCAUCAGACUGCCUUAUGACCACUUUCACAUGAUACAUUGUGUUCAUCAUUUGUUUACCCAAGCAAUGUUUGCUUGUAAAUUUUUGUUUUCAGUGCAGAAAAGAGAAAAUUAAAGAAUGUCUUCUUUU